AUGGCUCUUCCUGUCGCACCAAGCGAAGAAACCAACGAUGGUCGCUCAGGCUCUUCCACUUCCGACCUCAGCACGAUAUCCUCUUCGGAAAAGGACCUCAAACCUGUCAAUGGAAAAGGAAAGAAAAGAGCAAGGGAGAGUGAUGCGAGUCAAGGUGGCAAGAAGAAAGCGAGGCAGUCAGGAGGAACCGACAAUCAGAUAGAGCGAGGUGUAUAUUGUCACAUAUGUCGGAGGAUGUGUCAACCUGAUCGCCAUCUGAGAUGUACAAAAAUCAAGGGCGCCGCUAAACGGUGUCAUCUAUCAUAUUGUUAUCGGGACUUGACUGUACGAUAUGGGCUUUCCCCUGAAAAGCUGUCGGAAAUCCGAGGGGGACAUCGUCAACCCCUCGGAAUUGCUGGAGACAACGGGAGCACAGGGUACCACUGGGAAUGUCCUUGUUGCAACGACCACUGCCAAUCAUCCGGAUGUCGGAAGAAAAAAGGUCUUGAGCCAAUCGGUAACGUAUCAAAGGCUAUGAAAGCUGUCAGUUCCGCCCAAACUUCAGCAGCUGCAUUUCUCGAGCAAAGGCAAGAUAUCAGCGGAAAAUUGAAUCACUCACCCAACAAUUCCUCCUCUACGCCUAACAAGUUCAUCCCUAGUAAAGGCAAGACGACUCCUUCGGGCCAUGACGUACAUCUCCUCGGUGAUGAUUCAGAGUUAUCAGAAAUAGAGGAAAAGAAGGGAAAAUCAAAACCCAGCGGAACUACACCCAAAGCCAAACCCAUUAAAAAGAAAACACCAACACCUAAAACUUCCACUCCGAAAAGCGCCAAGACAAAUGGAGACAUAAAGAAGAAGACUGCUUCAAAGCUCAAAUCCACACCUGUCGUCGAGAUCAAUGGGAAAAAGCCAAAAAUGAAAAUUGUCAAAGACGUAAUCAAUACGCCCAAGAAGAAAGACUCCAACGGUACAAAUAAAAAACCUAAACCUCUGAAGAAACCCGAAAUUCCACCAGAACCCCCGAUAUUCGAAAAAGUUGACACAAAACUGGGACGAGAGGAAGCAGAACAGCGAAUCAUGCUACGAGAGUACCUGUUCAGAUUCAGAGCCGUACUAUCUUUCCCAGAAAGAGCGCUGCCCGCCGUUGACGAUUUCGACCGACCUUUGACUGAAGCUAGUGUAAGACUGUUUGCCGGUGCAAUGUUGGACAUGAUCAAAGACGAAAUGCAAGGGACUUCUGACGAAGAACUUAACGGUACACUGUUCAAUGUCCGAGAAGAGCUGCGUUAUUAUGCGGAUCUCGCUCGAUUCCAAGGCAUCUAUAACAUGCUCGCCAAACCCCUAAAUCUACGUCUCCCAUCAGUGAUUGUCGACAAACGUGCAGAAGCGAACAACUCGGCUCUCCGUGCAAUACUGGAUUUAGACGACAAUCAAUCUCCUCCGGCAUGGGCAACAGACUUGACUGCAGGUCCUUCCCGACGUACAGCAGCAUCCCGAAUCCCUCCGGCACCUGAAGUGAUUCGCAUGCUGCUUGGUUUCGCCGAAAGAACGUUAUCCACCCCAAAGAUAAGAGGAGAUAUGGAAUCGGCUGUGCUUGAGAACGAGGCGAGGAGGAAACAUGCCAGUGCAUUGAAGAGAGAACUCGUGGCGAUGGAAUCCAAGAAGAAAAAGCUGAACGAGAUAAGGUUAAAAUCUAAAACUGCGGCUGAAACCAAGGCAAACAAAGAAGAGCACAACAGUGAGAUGAGGGGGUACACCCUGCGGGUUGCCCUGCUCGAUGUCAACCUUCAGGCUCAACUCGCUCGGCGAACACUCCGAUACGAGCCUCUUGGUCAAGACAUCGACGGCAGAAUUUUUUACGUUCUCGCACCCAGAACCAUCGAGGACGAAGGCCGGCCACCUUUAGGAUGGGCAUCAGGUUUGCUCGUCUGGGGACCUGGGAUAGCUGGGAAGACUGGAGGAGACGAGGGAAUGCCGGUCUCGACGGACAGAUGGAGUCAUUUCGGCAAAUCAAAAGACGUCAAUCAGUUGAUCAUUUGGGUGGAAUGGACAUUCAAAAAAUACAUCGAAUCACUUCGCCCCGCUCAAGUAUCCAAACCGAAGACCCCAGUGAGAGCCACACCAUCAAAAUCAGCUCCUGGCUCGACAAGAAAGACACCCGGAUCAAAAAUGAAGCAAAAGACUUUAGAGGUUGUUAUUCCCACUUCAGCCAAAAGAAACUCCGCUUCCGGCGAGUCUUCUUUGUCCACAUUCUCAGCCACUGCCAAAGCAUUGGGAGAUGAUGCUUCCUCGACGUCGUCUGGGCUCACUCCACCGCCUACUGCAGCGGUUGAAGAGUUGCUGGCCUUGGUCGAUCCGGAAGGAUACAUACCUUCUCCAGAAGUUGUCGAAGAAAAUGCGAACCUUCUUGUAUCCAGAUUGAGGCAAGUUGCUAAAUGGUUAGAAGUAUUGGAAUGGAAGGGGUUCGGGGAGCUAGUAUAG